AUGAAAACACUUAUCGAAUUAAAGGAUGAUAAAUGGAUUCGAUGUUUAGGCCAGAGCUGUUUGGAGAAGUGUUUGCAAGAUAAUAAUCGUUUGAUUUCUAAAAUUUGUUUUUUGACUAUUAUUUUUGAAAACUUUAAAGAACUAUCAGAAAAUCAUCCUGCAUUUAUAGCAAGUGCUUUGUCUGUGAUAGGAUUUGUAGUUCCAUCUACUAAAGUAACUCCAAAUUCUAUUUCGUCUCAUCUUUCUAGUUAUGGAAAAUACCAUCAUUUAUCUAAGUCGUUUUAUGAUAGAUUAAUUUCUAAUUUUCGUGUUUGUUGGAUUAGUUUUCAAAAUAGUUUUGAAACCUUUCAAAAUAACCAUCCUACCAUUCGAAGUUUAAUUAUAAAACCAUUUAUCGAUUUUUAUUAUGUAGGCCAUAGUUCGACAAUACUUGCAAUUCCUCUACCAAACUUUGUUUCUUAUCCGAAAGCAUAUAAUUUUUGGGGAGAAUUAUUGUUACCCAAUUAUCCAAGUUAUUCCACUGAUCCUAAUGAUCCGUGGAAUUUGGUUGCAACUUACAAUACUAUAGAUCCUAAUGGUACAAUUGAAAAUAACUCUUCACUUAUUGAACCUCCUACUGCGACUACAAAUAUGUUUAUGUUUAUGAGCACAGCAAUUGCGGCUGUUUAUAUGAUGAUAACAGGUCAAUUUCAAAAUUAUUCUUUUUUACAAAACUUUUAUGAAUGCCAUACUAUUACACUUCGUGAACAUGUGAUGUUUACCCAAAAAGAUAAAUGGACAGGUUAUAAAAAACCUUAUAUUCCACCGAAUCUUAAUAAAAUUCUUCUACUUCCUGAAGAAGAACCCUCUCUUAAAGAAAUUAUGGAUAUUAUUGAAGAACUGAGAAAAAGAUCUAAAAAAUAA